UUUUUUAAAAAUAAAAAUACAUCCCUAAGCACUUUCCCCACUUUUUAAAGGGCUCUCGCCACAUUUAUACGUUUGCUUCCUAUAGUCUGUUUUUGUUUCUCUCUAUAAAUAGCCAGUUUAGAUUAUUUUAUCCUCAUUCACAUUUUAAUGCUUUCUUCUCCCUAACAUUUCCUUGCCCCCCUUGUACUUUUUCUUGCCUGUUUUUGCAUCCUCUUGUAUUUUCCAUCUCCCAUCCUUACAGGAAAAGCAUCCAUUUCUUUCUUUUACUGCGACGUGUUUGGAUUCUCUCAUCUCUUAUUUGUGGCUUGAUCACACUUUUAUUCUUUCCCCCAUAUUGAAGCAUCAUUUGCUCCAGCCCUGUUUUUAUUCUUUCUCCAUGUUCUUUCUCCUAAUUUCCAUAUUCUUCUCCCUUAACUGCAUUUUUUUUAGCCUUCCCAGACUUUUUCUCCUUUAAACUACUUUUUCCUACCCCAUUCUUCUCUUGGUUAUCUUCUUUCAUUCUUCUUUUGUUUUUGUUUUUUUCCCUUCCAAAAGUUCUUGAAACCUUUUAUUCCUUGUCCUUGAUAACUUCUGUUACCUGACUUUUUUGCUUUCCGCACAUCAUUUUUAAGUCUCUUCUGUGAGCUUCAUUUGUUCUUUAUUCACUCCCCCUCCCUGCCUCAUUUUGAAUAUCGUUCACUGACUCUUCCUCCCACUUCCAUUCCAUCUUUUUCAUCCCCUUUUCAAUUUUUGGACUUAUUUUCAUUUCCCAUUUAUACAGCCUUCCUUGAUUUAUAUAGCCACUUUCCUUCCCCUUAUAGUGGAAGUUGCUCAUAUCCACGUUUAAUAUUAAAGGUGGAUGGAUAUAUACACAGAACAGAGAGUAGAGUUGUAGAAGGCCUUGAAGACCUUCCUACACAUUUUGAAGAGAUAAAUGAAAAGGAUGUGGGAAUGGAAGGGGUGGGCUUGUCAGUACUCCUAACAUUUUCUAGGGGGGUGAAGUUUCAUCCUUUUUCUGGGGGGGAAGGGGACUGACAAAUUUCAAGACUGGCACAGAGGAAACAUAAGAAGGAUGGCGUUCUAGUACCAACUACACUGGCCAUCUUGGGGGGUAGGGGGUUUAUUGCAUGCUCACAUGCGCACUCCAUUUUUCUUGACUUGAUGAAGACAUAAAGGCCUGUUGAGCUCCAUGUUUUUGAAGGUGGGCAACUUGCUUGUGGUAGUGUAGCAAACUUCAUUUUUUUUGUGGCCAAAUGACAGCUUGACCCAGUUGUUAUCCAACAAGAGGGCAUCACCUUGAAUGUCUCUUUGUAGUGCCACAGCCAGCGCAAAAAUGAUGGCGGCUUACAAUGGCGGUACAUCUGCAGCAGCAGCAGGUCACCACCAUCACCACCACCACCACCUUCCUCAUCUCCCCCCUCCUCAUCUCCAUCACCACCACCACUCUCAGCACCACUUGCACCCAGGCUCUGCGGCUGCAGUACAUCCCGUACAGCAACAUGCUUCUUCGGCUGCUGCUGCAGCCGCAGCUGCGGCCGCUGCGGCCAUGUUAAACCCAGGGCAGCAGCAGCCAUAUUUUCCAUCACCGGCACCAGGUCAAGCCCCUGGACCAGCAGCAGCAGCCCCAGCUCAGGUACAAGCUGCAGCAGCUGCUGCAGUCAAAGCGCACCAUCAUCAGCACUCGCAUCAUCCACAACAGCAACUGGAUAUUGAACCAGACAGGCCUAUUGGAUAUGGAGCCUUUGGUGUAGUUUGGUCAGUAACAGAUCCGCGAGAUGGAAAGAGAGUUGCACUCAAAAAGAUGCCCAACGUCUUCCAAAAUCUGGUCUCUUGCAAAAGGGUCUUCCGUGAAUUGAAGAUGUUGUGUUUUUUUAAGCAUGACAAUGUGCUCUCUGCUCUCGACAUACUCCAGCCACCACACAUUGACUACUUUGAAGAAAUAUAUGUUGUUACAGAAUUGAUGCAGAGCGACCUCCAUAAGAUUAUUGUCUCUCCUCAGCCACUCAGCUCGGAUCAUGUAAAGGUUUUUCUUUACCAGAUUUUAAGAGGUCUGAAAUACCUACAUUCGGCUGGUAUUUUGCAUCGAGACAUUAAACCAGGGAACCUACUUGUGAACAGCAACUGUGUUCUUAAGAUCUGUGAUUUUGGCUUGGCCAGGGUGGAAGAAUUAGAUGAAUCUCGUCACAUGACUCAGGAAGUUGUCACUCAGUAUUAUCGAGCUCCGGAAAUCCUGAUGGGCAGCCGUCACUACAGUAAUGCUAUCGACAUCUGGUCCGUAGGCUGUAUAUUUGCAGAAUUGCUAGGACGGAGAAUAUUGUUUCAAGCGCAAAGUCCCAUUCAGCAGUUGGAUUUGAUCACAGAUCUCUUAGGAACACCGUCACUGGAAGCAAUGAGGACGGCUUGUGAAGGCGCCAAGGCACACAUACUCAGGGGUCCUCAUAAACAGCCAUCCCUUCCUGUCCUGUAUACAUUAUCCAGCCAAGCUACACAUGAAGCCGUUCAUCUCCUUUGUAGGAUGUUGGUCUUUGAUCCAUCCAAAAGAAUAUCCGCUAAGGAUGCCUUAGCUCAUCCAUAUCUUGACGAAGGGCGUUUGCGAUAUCAUACCUGUAUGUGUAAAUGUUGUUUUUCCACCUCUACUGGAAGAGUUUACACCAGUGAUUUUGAACCCAUCACGAAUCCCAAAUUCGAUGAUACUUUUGAAAAGAACCUCAGUUCUGUUCGGCAGGUUAAAGAAAUAAUCCAUCAGUUCAUUUUGGAACAGCAGAAAGGAAACAGAGUGCCUCUGUGCAUCAACCCGCAAUCUGCUGCUUUUAAGAGCUUUAUUAGGUAACUUUCCACGGUCGCUCAGCCGUCCGAGAUGCCGCCAUCUCCACUGGUCUGGGAGUAAACGUGGAAGAUGUACUACUGAAGACAUAAUGUAGCUUUCCACUGGAUUCUGGGAUUUGCAAUUCUGGACAUUUAAUCAUGCUUGUACUGUAAUUUUACUAAUGAAGUUUUAAAUUAACAACCACUAUCCUUGUAUGAUAUAUGAAUAAGACUUAGAAAUGUUUAACUAGGCUUUUAAAAUUCCUGUCACGGGUGGGGUUGUGCUUUUAGGAGAAAAAAAAUAAUUAUUUUAUCCAGAGUUGCACAUGUUUUGUUUUUAAAGUAUGAAUUGUAGCGCAGCUGUAAUCUUGCUUGGCUCUGAACAAACAGAGGGUUUGAACCAAAUUGGUGGGGAAGUUGCUUUAAAAAUAAAUAAAUGAUGGGGCUUUUCUUCUUCUUCUUUUUUCCAAGUGGAUAAGUCAUUUUUGAUAUUGAGCCAUUCCUGAAGAUUAGGGAUUUUUUUCUAAAACAAGAGAAUAAAAAGUUUAGGGAGUACAAAAGUUUUAAAAACUGUGACCAAUCAUGAAACCCAUCUGAUGACAAUAGCCCAGCUUCUGUGGGCAAGUGUCAUCUGGCAGUUUAGAAGAACCCUAUACAUAGCUUCUCACUAGUGGGGGUGAUUGUGUGCUGUUUUCCAAUCAGAUGUUGCGAGUAGAAAGAAUGAGUUUGUGACUAGGGAGAGAUGAGACUCCUUUCCCCUUUCCUUUUUAACCCCCCUUCCUCUGGUAUAAAUAAAUAUAUAUAAAUAUAUAUAUAUUUAAUCUAUUUUUAUUAGAAGUUUUUUCUGCUCUUUUCUUACAUAAACCAUCCCUUUCUACCCCACCUCCCGCGUGCAUCUGCAAAUGUGUGUAAAUAAUUCCAUUUCCGGGGCUAAUAAUGUCAAAGAAUCUUGCUAUCCAUUGCUGUGUAAAGAGAGAGAGAGAGAGCGCGCGCAAGAGAGGAAGUAGCUUGCACAUUUUUAGGUCUGUGAAACAUUGUGGGUUUUUGUUUUUUUAAUUCUGCACUGGACAGUCAGCGAAAAAGAAAAGCAAAAAACGCAAAAAAAAAGCACAUAGGGAAUUACGUUAAUUGUAUUUGUGUCCAUAGGCAAAGCUGUGGAAGUCUUGAAAUGUCACAGUAGUAAAUGACUUUUAUUACGUUUUGGCUAACUCCUUUUUUUGUCUGUGUUCUGUUCAAACACUGAAUUAUUCUGUGCAUAUGUGUAUAUAUAUAUAUGAACACAAACUGAAGGCCUCUACCUCCUGGAGUAUACAACUUGGUUUGUUUACCUCCACAUGAUUUUUAUUUUUAUUUUUAAGUUCAGUGUGGAGACUUGAAACUUGAAUGUCCCUCCCAACUUUUAUAUUUAAAAAGGCAAGAAAAAUUGAAGACUGUUUUUCACCUGUACAAAGAAAUAAUGAAUGGAUGGUCUUAAAUUUUGAACAUUGGUCUGGGAUAUUUAGAGAGAGAGAGAGAGUGAGA